UUGGGUUCCAGCAGCCAGCCAUGUCUCCAAUGCUGACCUUCAUCCUUUCCCUGUUAGCCACCCACGCUGGGCUGAAAGUGAAUCUAAAUAUUGAGAAGGAUGAAGUAAAACGGAUGCUGGAACGUGAGGAAUAUCUCCAUCAGGAGAUGACUCGGCUCCUGAAGGAGAUGCAGGGCAGCAGUGGCACCAUGGAAGCUCUGCUCUCAUUGGCACUGCAACAGCAGUGGCUGCUUUGGGCCAGUGCAGCAACCCUGCUUCUGGGCCUGCUGGGUAUGGGCUGCUGUCUGGUCAGGAGGAAGAAGCGUGGUUCUGCCAGCUGCAGGGAGCAGAGGGGAGCCAAGAGAAGGAAGGCUGUCAGCAGCGAGGAGAAGCAGGGCCUGCCCAGCACAAAGGUACUGAAGGAGUUGGUGGACGAGCUCCUUGGUGUCUGCCGAGUGCUUUCCCGCAGGAGCUUCAUGCCGGAGUUGCACCCAGGCCCUGGGUGCAGCUGUGACACCUGCUCUGAAUGCUGCAGCAUCCAGGAGAGCAACAGCACCUACCGCCCGCUGGUCAUCCUGCGGCCACCCCCUGGCCACUCCUUCAGCCUGGAGAGCACAGAGCGGCCACCAGCCAGGCGCAUCCGUGUGGCGCUGGAGUGCCUGUGCACCGGGGAGCAGCUGCUGGGGCAGACGUGCUUCCUGCAUGCCUCUGGUGGCCUGCUGCCCCAGGAUCAGGACUGGUACCUGCUGGACACCCUCUGCACGGGCUCAUGCUUAGAUCCAAAGAAAGUCACCCAGUGGGUCCAGAUGUUGGUGGCAUCAGCCUGGCGCUGUUUACCACAGUCGCGUUACUACCAUCUCACAGCACUGCCCUCCAGCAAGUCCUGCAUCUGGCAGCUGAGCAGCACCUGUGGGCUGCACUGCAGGAUUGAGCUGGCUUUGGCUGUGCAGCAAGACGGCUCAGGUGCUUUCCUGAGCCUUGAGUAGGCAGCAACCAGCAAACAGCAGCACCAUGUAGGCCAGAGAGCUGCCACCUCUCAGACUCACUGCCAAGUGACCACCACUGCGGAGGUGACAUCAUUGUUUCCAAAGGAGGCUGUUCAGGUCUUGACAGGUUAAAAUUUCAAGAAAUCUUUACAAACCACCACAGGACCAUAAUAGACCCUUGCUCUGUAAGCCCACCAGCCUGCACAACUCCCUCUUAUUAAUUUAAUAAAAAACCAUCCUCUAAAGAUUGUAAAAUGAACUUUUUAAAAUAACUUAAUAAACACAAAACAAUAAAACAAUCAAACAAACUUCACUCCUGGAACCAGUCUUAAAGAUGCAGAAUUCAGUAUUCAACACCAACAGACAAUUUCGGGAUACAAGCAUCAUUAAGUCAUCCCAAGACAGUAAUUUUCUGGCCAUCCACUGAAGGUGUCAACUAAUACCAGUAUCUACGGGUAUCCCUUUUUGUGUGGUACCUCUGCGAAAUCUAAUUUCCAGGACACCUGAAACACCAUGCAUGACAGCAAGGGCUGGUGGCCUUUCCUUGUCACCCAUGUGGACAGAGCCCACGGACAUCAUAAAUCCAGCAAGUUCCAUUUUUCCAAAGGCUGCCUGACCUUAUUUCCCAACAUAUUUUCCAAAGAGAACUGGUGUUCACCAGUCUCCCUCUUGCUCCCAUGUAUUUCACUUCACAUACCUAUGGGUUAAUACGAUGAAGAUUCUAAUGAAAGAUGGGAAUUUCUUUGAUAUAUGUUUACUUUGUUUUUCAUUUGCCUACGGAGUAUCUUGAAAGCUGAAAAAUGAGGUUGAGAAAAAACAAUUCUGGUUUGAUUGUGAGGUGCUUGGAUUGUGUCAGGUGGAAGGUGUGAGUGUGCAGUGGAGCAAAAGGAAGAGAAAAGGAAGGCAAAGGGAAUAAUGAAUUUGAUGGAAAAGGGGAAGUUGUUCUGCCAGGUUCACAUAUUCCAGGCAUCUGUCCAUGGCAGUAGCUAGGUAAUUACUGGCUUUCGUCUUCCAUUUGUGCUUGGACAGAAUGGUUAGAUUCUUUCCAGUCUUGCGUUGCUGGGAUUUUUCAUAUCUCAUCAUUGCUACCCAAGGGUUUUCUCUGCCCUGCUCAGGCCCAAGCAUUUCCUCUGUUCCACAUGGAAUCUCUGCUCAACAUGGACCCUCCACUCCACAGAGAUCCUCCGGCUCCACGCGGACCCUCCGCCUACCAAGGCUCGCUGCCAUGGCCCAAAGCCAUGCAGCCGCUCGCUCCAGGCCAUGCCCCAAGCGAUGCGACUGAAGGCAGAUGCAGGGUUUGAAGCCGUGGCCUCGGGGCUGCUGCAGCACCCCUAACUCACUGAGCCAAACAUUCCAUCUGCCUGACCUUCCUGCACUGGGGUGGUGAUUCCUGCCGACCUGCGUCUCUCUGGGUCCUGCCUUGGUGGGGUGUUUCCUGGCGUCCCCAGCCAUUCCCCACAGCUCUGCUGUAAGUCUGACUUUGGUGGGAUGUUCCCCAGUGUCCUGUCUGUGCUGUGAUUCCCACUAUGGUGGGAUGUUCCCCAGUGUCCUGUCUGUGCUGUGAUUCCCACUUUGGUGGGAUGUUCCCCCGUGUCCCAGCUCUCCAGGUGGAACAGCCAUGCCAGGCUGGCUGUGCUCCAGCUGCGGGACCCCCAUUCCCUUCUCCUAGUAGCACUGGGGGAGGAGGCAGAGGGAUGGGGGAGGGGUGGGAGGACAGGCUUUUAAGGUCUGCUUUUAUUUCUCGUUUUCCUGCUCUGAUUUUGUAGGCAAUAAAUUAAAUUACUAUCCCCAAGCUGAGCCUGUUUCACCCAUGAUUCUGUUUAGUGAGUGGUCUCUCUCUGCCCAUCACUCAUGGGCACCGUAUUUCCUUUCCCAUGAGCGGAAAGCGACGGAGUGGCUUUGGUGGGUGCCUGGCAUCCAGAUGAUGAAAGGCUGACCUGGAACAAAGACCAGACAGAGUUAAAUGGACAAAAUGGGUAUUUAUUUAAAGGCCUUAAAAGGAUCCACCUUGGGCAGCACAAGACUCUGGCCAGGGUUACAUGCAGGACGAAUCCAAGAUGGAUCCCAGACACAAAUUUCUACACUUUUAUAAGUUUUGACAUACCAGGUUAAUUGUCCAAUUACAGCUUCAGGUUAUAAAGUCUGAACUCCCUGGCUUGCCCCCUUCCCUUGGCCAUUAUUUCUGCUUUUUCGGCACCUGGUGUCUUUGAUUCUCCAGCUGGGAAGGGAUUGUUUUGUCUAACUCCCCUGUGAAGAGAACUUGCUAACACCUAAUAUGAAGUUUCAGAGUUACAUACCAGGCAGCAGAGAAUAUGAACAAUAGAAAAGCUAAACCCCAAGGCUCAACCUAGAAGAUGCCAAAACACAAGUGAAGUACCCUGAUGAAGAAAAGUCAUGUAGAACAAGGUGAUUUGGUUAACCAUGAGGAAAUCUUCUGCAGGUCAGAGCAGAGGUUUGUGCUUUGAGCAAGAUUUCCAGGGAUGAAGUCUGUGGUUAUAAACACAAAAGAUUUCCUGAUUGCCACAAGUGAGAGAAGAAAGACACAAAACCUGAAAAGGGUAGAAAUUAAAGAACUCUGGAAGCAAAUUCAGUAACCACUGUGAGCCAUUUUAAUUUUGCCAAAGAGACAUGAAACAAACCAGCCAGCCAAAUAAACAAAUGAACAAGCUCACAGAUUUGUUUAACAAGUGUAAUAUUCAAUGGACUGAAUUUAAUUUAUGCCAGGUUUUCAGCUGAGAAUCUGGCAGCAACAGCAGGAGUGACUGCAUUGGCUACAGCAGUACUUGGGUGCUGCAAUGGGAAAUGUAAACUCUGGAGAAGAGUUUUGUAAGCUUCUGCCUUCUGGCUUAUGUUUCUGUUAUCAUCCUUUGUCAGUACUAGAUUAAAGGCCCUGAUUUUUUGGA